CUUACGCAUUCAUUUUUGUUUAGUUCGACAGAGCUUCUUUUUUAUAACAGUUACCAAAUAAAAUCAUAAUGGCCAACAAAACAACUUUAGGAAAAGGUGGUUUCAGUUUCGAGAAUUACACUAGAAAUAAAGCACUUGAAUCAAGUGGCGCCAAACCUCCCAAGGCAACCAGUACCGGUACCACUAUUGUCGGUGUUGUGUUCAAAGAUGGUAUUUGUUUAGGUGCUGAUACCAGAGCCACAGAAGGUCCCAUUGUUGCAGACAAGAACUGUGAAAAGAUUCAUUACAUUGCUCCCAACAUUUAUUGUUGUGGUGCUGGUACUGCUGCAGAUACCGAAUUUACUACCAACCUCAUUAGUUCUCAAAUCGAAUUACAUAGUUUAUCAACAGGAAGAAAGCCUCGUGUAGUUACAGCCAUGACAUUGUUGAAGCAAAUGCUUUACAAAUAUCAAGGUCAUAUUGGCGCUGCCCUUGUUUUGGGUGGAUUUGACGCAACAGGACCUCAAUUAUAUACCGUCUACCCUCACGGUAGUACCGAUAAAUUACCUUAUGUCACUAUGGGCUCAGGUUCUUUAGCAGCCAUGAGUGUUUUUGAAAGCAAGUGGAAGCCCAACAUGAGUCGCCAAGAAGCUAUUGAUCUUGUUGAGCAAGCUAUUGAAGCAGGUAUUUUCAACGAUCUCGGUUCUGGUUCCAAUGUCGAUAUUUGUGUUAUUACAAAGGAUGAUGCCGACUAUCUUCGCAACUAUGGAACUCCCAACGAGCGUGGCGUUAAGGAACAAAGUUACCGUUUCCCUAGAAAUACGACUGCUGUUUUAAAGGAAUCUAUUCACAAAUUUGUGAAUGUAGCUGAAGGUGAUUCUAUGGAUAUUUCAUUAUAAAAUGGUUAUUUUUUUUUUGGGAAUAAAAUAGUAAAGUAACAAUAAAAAGACGCGUAUCGGAUACGAAGUGAAC